AUGCCUGGCGACUUCUCGGCGGGUCACAUGCCCGCGAGACAUUCCAUCCUUGUUUCAUCGUCUGGCUCGACGGCGAGGUUCUCACUCCCGAGCAGUCUCCUCGCAGAGGACGGACUGCAGUAUGGGCCCCCCCCGGAAGUCCACUCUGGGUGUCUAGGGCGCGGCACUCGUCCGCGGGCAGCCUCAAGCGACUCGGAGGAAGUCGAUUCCGAUGAGGGCGAGGCAGCUCAGCGACGGCAGCCUCUUGCGGCUGGUCGGGCCUGCAGAACAAACGAGGAAGAGACUCCUCCUCUUGCAGCAGCUCCCCAUCACCAACGUGCCUGGCGGGCAGAUGCGGACGAUCGAGUUUCAGAAUAUGUGCCUGGCGUGGAGGGCGCCGCAAAGUCGGAGGCUCAGCCUACGUCCUCAAGGAAUCAAGGCAACUACGGCGGGCGGCACGAGCGCGGAUACCUUUUACGGAUGCCUGCUCAAACGGAAGGCGUGGCGACUGGAUCUGGACGCAUUUUCAGUGGAGACUCCUCAGGUCGGGGGCCCGUGGAUCUCUUGAGGUUGGUGUCGCUGCGGAGACACGGGAAGUCCUGCUUCCGUCCGACAACGCUCGUCCGACAGUCGCAGUCAGGCGCCCCGAGACCGGAUGAAGCAGGUGCGCUGCCAGUGCGACCAGCGCCGGUGGAUGCGGAAACCGCUUCAACAGCGCCCUCCCCUCUCCCACCUAGUCGUAGCGGAUCGAGGGCAGAGCAGGCGGGUGGCCACGACGAACUCGUUUCCGCUGCAGAUGGUCUCCAGCGCAAAGACCUUCACACUAACGGACGCAGUGCAGUUCAUACAGCAAGGCAAAAGGGUAAUGAACCGGUGCCACCGCGCGGGUGCCCGCUAGUGGCGGCACGAGGAAGCUCGACGGCGACGCCACAUCUUGUAGAAGGUAGCUUGCCGGAGGGGAGUUCCUCUGCGGGCAUUCGCAGGCCGCGCGACUCCAUCGCGUCUUCUCUUGAUCGUUCGUCUACGGGAGGCUGCCCCACCGCCGAUUCAGGACUGCACGACUUCUUGUACGCUGCCGCCGCUUCACCGCAUUUCGACGAAGGCGCUCCGAGGGGCGAAUGGGGGGAGACAGACGAGCGCCAGGGGGAAUCGCCAGUAGGCAGCUUUUUUUCUGCCGGAGCUACGGUUGCUGGACAAGGGUCGCCUCGUUCUUGCGCUGGCCUGGCGAACCGCGCAAGCGAGCACUACGCGCUGGGGCCGGGGACACGCUUUCCAGCGACCGCGUUUGAGGGCCUCACGGUGCCUCUCUCAGAGGCCACGACACGAGCAGCAGAAAGCAGCGGGCGGCUGCGAGAGGCUUCCCGCGGGCACGGGAGACUUGACAAACUCACAGUGAAGCGCGUGCGCGGUCCUGCAGGUGCCAGUAAAGAAACCGGCAAGACGAUCCUACGGCGACGCACGCCUUCUGACGAGUCAGCGUGUCCCACCAGCUCCACAGACAGGCGUGAGCCGCUCCGCCCAAGCGGGAAGAGGAAUCUCAAUUCCAGCUGCUUCGCCCUCGCGGGCAGAGUCGAUGGGCAGCGGUCCCUGCGGACCGAAGGCGCGACCGCGACCGAGAAACCGACCAGCAAGGAUCGCGCGCGUCAAAAGUGCGCGCGGUAUUUCCAUCGGUGUGUGUCUGCCGCUCGAAGCGACGCGCUGCUGGAAGUGCGACAAUUUCAACGGAUGCUGCACGGGGCAUGCGUUGCGGGCGAGCAGACACGAGGAGAAUUCGACACAGCGCAGGAUCGCGCCUGGUUUUGCUCAAAUACUGAGCAGCUACCCUCGAAGGAAGCAACGCAAUACCCGCUUAGAAACCGCGGUUUUCGACCAUUCGGCGUCUCUGAUCACGUAGGCAAUCUGCCUGAUGGCCUAUCUGAAGGCCUACCUCUCGCGCUCUUUCGUCCGGCGGAAUCCCCACCCGAUUCCCGAGGGACUGCAGUCUGUGGAGAAGCGCACUCUCCUCCACGUGCAAGUGGAACUGGCGAUGCCUCUGGGGAGGCGUCGUCUCCCGCUGGGUGCUUCGGCCCGGGCGCCUUGCAAAGACAGGAGCGCGAGGGCGCCUUGGCACGAUGGUGCAGACGCCUGCUUCUCGUCCAGGUGCUGCGGGCGAAAGAAGCCUUCCGCGGUGGCGGCGUAGUCAUCGUCGGACGUUUGGUCAAGGUUUCCCACAUGGGUGUAACGCCGUGCACGUCGGGGGACGGCGGGGGAGUCAACGUACAAUUUAUUAUCGAACCGCAGAGGUGGUGCAGCAUCUGCAAGGUCGUAGCGGGCUCUUUGGACACGGCGACCGCAGUGGCGGGAGCCCCAGGCGAAGCUCGCCAUCAAGAGGGGCAGUUAAAAGGCGCCACUGAACGCGGCAUUUCUGAGAGUAUGCGUGAAACCUGUUCAGGGACAGAGCCGAGGUGGAUUCAUCGGCCCCUGUUACUGGGACUCCUGAGACCGCGGAUGCUGCGGGUGCAGAGGGGACAACCUGGAUGGGGAGGCGUGAGUAGUGAGCCGCGAGGCCGAGCGACCAGCGCAGGGAAGCGCUGGCUGCUGCUUCACGCAGGUGUCAUUCCUAUAACUGCAGUUUCGUAUUCACUGUAG